AUGAUAGAGCAGCUCUGUGCCAAGGCUAAUGCCAGAGCUUUAACCUCUGUGGAGCCUGGGGUCAGUUUAAACAGUAACCUAGGCUUCUGUGUGGAAUAUGAGCAGGGGGGUUGACUUCCUUCCACUUGGACAAAUGCUUAACCAUUUAGCUGCUUUAGUAUCCUUUUCCAUUCCAAAGGCAAAACAAGAUUGCAAUAGAAUGUGUGUGAGAGAGAGUUAGGGAAUUUUAAAGCAGUCAGGGCUCCUUAACCUUCAGCAAAAGUAGCUAAUAAUCCAAAUACAGAGAUAGGCUUGAAGUUAGUAGCUAAAUACAGUGCAACAGAAGUCCAGAGGUGUGUGUAUUUAGUAAUUCCACAAAUGUACUCAGUUAAUAAUUUUUUUUGCGAUGAAGUGCAAAAUUCAGCAUUUUGAGAAUCCCCUCUCUUUUAGGCAAGUUCCAAGCUAUUAAGACUGCAUGGACAAGUCUGAAUGCCUGAAAAUGUCCCAUAUUCUACAUUAUUUAAAGUGCUUUUCCUACAUAAGUAAGAGCAUUACUUUUUUUUAAGUACAGUGGUGCCCCGCAAGACGAAUGCCUCGCAAGACGAAAAACUCGCUAGACGAAAGGGUUUUUCGGUUUUGCGUUGCUUCGCUAGACGAAUUUCCCUAUGGACUUGCUUCGCAAGACGAAAACGUCUUGCGCUUUUUUCUUAAAGCCGCUUGAAGAGGCGCAGUUGUGAUGGACCGUGCUUCGCGGGACGAAAAACAUCGCAAGACAAAAAGACUCGCGGAACGAAUUAUUUUCGUCUUGCGAGGCACCACUGUAAUCCCAUCAUAUGGAGCAGCAAUGUUACCAUCACAAACAUUACUACCUUUGAACCUUGGGUCUUGAAACAGCAUAAAUGGCUUGAAUAGUAUUAUUCCCAAACCUUGUUUUUAAAAGCAUUUUAUUCAUGAUCAUGAAAGGGAGAAAAAAAUCAUAUAUAUAACUGAUCUGUAAAUUUCCAGUUUUUCCAUUUCUGGCCUUGCAGGAGGCAUGUUUCCAUUUUUCUCUCAGUUCUUUAGAAUUCAGCCAAAGCUAAGCAAUUUUAAGUAGCAAUUAUUUCAUUGGUUGAAAGUGCAUGCUUGAAAUCAAAAGGUCUCAAAAUUUCUUAAGUUUCAUUAGAUCAUGGAUUAUUAUUUUUUUAACAAAAGCAUAGCAGUAUUGUUUUAAUUUCAGCUGUCCUCCACCAGCGUUAAUUAAAAGUAUGACUAUUAGAAUAAGAGCAUAACUACCUAAGAAGAACCCGGCUGGAUCAGGCCAGUAGCCCAUCUAGUCCAGCAUCCUCUUCUCACAGUGGCCAACCAGAUGCCUCUGGGACGCACACAAGCAAGGUCUAAGCAUGACAAUAUUGCCCCCUCCUGCAGACCCCAGCACCUUUAUUUAGAGGCAUACUGCCUCCAAUGGUGAAGGUAGAACAUAGCCAUCAGGGUUAGUAGCUGCUGAUUACCUCUCCUCCAUGAAUUUGUCCAAUCCUCUUUUAAAGCCCACCAAGUCAGUGGCCUUCGCUACCUCUUGCGGGGGCAAAUUCCAGAGUUUAACUAUACACUAUAAGAAGUGCUCUCUUUUGUCUGUCCUGAAUGUUCCAACAUUCAGCUUCAUUUGAUGUCCCCAAGCGCUAGUGUUGCAAAACCUUUCUCUGUCCACUUCCUCCACACCAUGCAUAAUGUUCUAUCAUGCCACCUCUUGCUCUCCUUUUCUGUAAACUAAAAAGGCCCUCACUGGGGUUUCUGCAGCCCUUUGAUCAAUAUGGUUGCCCUUUUCAGAAGCUUUUCCAAUUCCACAAUAUCCUUUUUGAGGUGAAGUAACCCAGAGGUGGAUUUAAGGGAGUGUGUCUGGUUCAUACUAGGUACAGAGCCUUGGGGAGCUACAGGGAACCCACAACUAUUGUUUAGAAUACAUCAAGAGAGGUGGGAGUACCAAAUUUGGGUGUCACACAGGGCGCCACUGACAUUUGAGACCCCAGGGUCCACCACUAUAUUAACCAGAACUGUAUACAGUAUACGUAGUGUGGUCACACCAUAGAUUUGUGCAGCAAUAUUAUGCUCUUGGCAGUUUUAUUUUCAGUUUGUUUCCUAAUCAUCCCUAGCAUGGAAUCCGCCUUUUUUUUUACAGCUAUGGCACAUAAUAAUAAUAAUAAUAAUAAUAAUAAUAAUAAUAAUAAAUAUUUUGUAUACCACCCUCCAACUGAAGAUCAAAGAGUCAUUCACGACAUAAAAAUACAAAAUGAGAGCACAAAAUACAUAAUAAAAAACAAGAACAAAAAUGAAAACAAUCCAAUAACACCCCCCCAAAACACAUUUAAAUAGAAUGUUGAACAACAUCUUCGCCUGGCUUCUAAAGAUUUGUAAUGAAGGCACCAGGCAAGCCUCCUGGGGAAAGCAUUCCACAAACAGGGAGCCACUGCAGAAAAGGCCCAUUCUCAUUUUGCCCCCCUCCAGACCUCUCAUGGAAGAGGCACACAAAGAAGUGCCUCACAUGAUGAUCACAGGGCACGGGUCAGUUCAUAUGGGGAGAGGCAGUCCCUGAGAUAUUUCUUUACUGGGCCAUUUGGGUUGAAUCAUGGUUUGUUUUUUUCAUUUUGAUCAGAAACCAUUAAACAAAUUUACUUUUAUAGCACAAUCCUAUGUAUAUCUACUGAGAUGUAAGUCUAGCUGAGCCCAAUGGGCCUUACUCUCAGCUAAGUGUAUAUAGGAUUGCAGUCUUUGAUGCCUGACUGAACUCACAUAUCAAUUGCAAAUUCUAAGCUUUUUCACCAAAAGGUUAUAUUUUUGAAAUGAAAUUUCAAAUAUGAUUAAGGGAUAGAUGAACUGUAUUCCUAAGGAAUCUGUGCAACAAACAAGAUCCCCCAUAUUCUGAUGAGUUUCACAUUAUUAUAUGUUCAUGUCAACUGAACCUAAUGUAGGUGUGAAUGAAUCAAGAGCUUGAUUAUACUUCUGCUACUUGUGCUGAAUAGUUGGUUAGACAUUCCAGAAGCCCUAUGGAAUUGUAGAAAACUACUCACCUCAUUAAUAUUAUUCAGUGUGAGUUAUUACCUCUUUCUAGACAGUGUUUGAUUUUAUUGAGCUAUACCAAUCCAAAUUCUGAUAAUACUCACUCUGGUGUGCAAGUUGAAAAUGUCAAUGGAGUUACUUUAAGGUUGACAUAUAUAUGUAAGUAAGAUUACAAUCAGAUUUUUGUCAUUAGUUGAAAUCUAUAGUGUUUCUCUUGCCUGUAACAGAGAGGAAUAUAGGCCACAGAAUGUUUAGCAUUUCUUUUAUCUGUCUAUCUUGAUAGCAGCUUCAGCUUUUACAAAAAGCUUGCUUGCAGCAUGGAUAUUUUGCAACACUAUUCUGUUUUCUUUCUUGCUGCUAACCCAUUAUUGCAGGAAAAAAAUAUGCACAAGGAAAAUACUGUGCAUAUCCAGCAGAAGUGGGAGUUCUGGUAAGUGCCAAUCCCAUAAAAUGUUAGAAAGGCAAUACAAAACUACUUCUGGAUUUAUUUCACUUCAGAAAAGAAAUGGGGGGGGGGUGUUAAUAAACAAGUAGGACUUGCGCAACAAUGACACUUGACAAAUAAGAGGUCCCCUGUUCCUGCUUACUCAAAGAAAAAGAAGGCACACCUUAACAAUGUUUAAAUAAUAAUGCUGGCCUGUUUCAUUUUAUGAGUAAAAUGCCCAUCAUUGGGUUGAGCACUAUGUUUGUGCAGAGGAUAAUGUGAUAAUGCAGAGACCUUGGGGCAGUGGGGGGGUACUAUUAAUUUCAUGUCUAUCCUGCCUUUAUUCUGAGAACCUCAAGGAAGGUCCACAGGCAGUCUCCCAUCUAGGUACUAACCAUUACCAGAUUAGUUCAGCAAGAUUGCUGAAUUAUAUGCCAUGUCCCAACAUGGAUCCUACUGUCUUAGAAGUGGAGCAUCUUCUGUCCACUCUCAACUGUGUCCGAGUUUAGCUCAUUCGCUUUAUCCUAUAGAAUUCAACAAAAGCCAGAUCACAUAUGCAAAUCCCCAUUUUUUUAUUUCCAUAUCCUGCCCUAUAUUCUGCUUCUUGAUGGGAUACUACAGUGGGACAGAAUCUUGCACUUGAAAGAACGUGACAAAGAAAUAGAGAACAAACUGUAAUGUAGUAUCUGGAUAGAGUCAUUCCAGAGUGAUACACAGUAUUGCAGCAUUUUGUUUCAUGAUUCUACCAUAAGGUAGAUGUCAGCACUUGAGCAUUAGUGAAAUAUGAUAUGCAUUCACAUUCCAACAUAUUUAAAUUUUAGGUAGAAUAUUUCAUAGUCUGAAAAAUCAAAGCAACUGUGGAGUCUGAGAUAAUCAGAAGUUGCUAUCAAAAGUGCAGAUGUUAUCCUCUUGCUUGCUUCGUUAUGCAAAUUCAAAACUGAAUAUGAAAGACAGAUUGAGGAGUUAGCAUGUGAAUUCCCUUGGCUACUGGUCCUUUCUUUUUUUGCUUCUAAGUGGUUGUUCAAGUCUUAAAUUAGGGUACUACUUAUAAGGACCAUCUACUCCCAUAUGAUCCUGCCCAUGAACUAAAUAAAUAUAACAAGGCGGUGUUACAAAAAUGUUUUAAGCAGGCGCCGAAAAGAAUGGAGUGAGAGCAUCUGCCCAAUCUCAAUAGGCAGGGAAUUCAAAAGUGUAGGUGCUGCCACACUAAAAGUUUGUUUCUUAGAAGUGUGGAACAAGAAUUAUGUGGCACCUGUAACAGUUCAGAUUGAAGUGGUCGAGUGGGCAUAUAUGAAGGGACGCGGGUGGCACUGUGGUCUAAACUAACAAGCCUCUUGGGCCUACCAAUUGAAAGGUCGGCAGUUCAAGUCCAAGCAACUGGGUGAGCUAGCAGUUUGGAAGCACGCCAGUGCAAGUACAGUAGAUAAAUCGGUACUGAUGCAGCAGUAAGUUAAACGGCAUUUCCGUGCUCUCUGGAACCGUCACAGUGUUCCAUUGCGCCAGAAGCUGUUUAGUCAUGCUGGCCACAUGACCCUGAAAGCUGUCUGUGGACAAACACCAGCUCCCUUGGCCUGAAGCAAGACGAGCACCACUCCCCAUAGCCGCCUUUGGCUGAGCUUAACUGUCCAGGGGUCCUUUGCUUAUUUACCUUUUACAUGGAGUAAGGUGAUCCUGCAGGUAAACUGGCUAUAAGCUGUUAAGGGCUUUAUAUACCAACAGUAACACCUUGAACUUGGCCUGGCAAUGCCAAGCAUACUGCUAAAACAGGAAGUUUUAGAAGUCUGUAGUGGACUGCCUUGCCAUGUCACCAAUUAUGAAGGCUUGCCCUACAUCCUGGCUACAGGAAUGUCAAUGCGGUAUUGAAUAGGCUGCUGGAAUAGUGGAGAGCUGCAUUCAAAUUCGAGUUCAGCCAACUCAGUGAGUGACGUGGAACUGGGUUAUCGUGAAGAUAAAUUGGGGCAAGGGGGAGGGGUCAUGUCUGCCACUUUGAGUCCUUGGAAGAUGAGUGAGUUAAAAGUUAAUUAAUUAGUAAACACAGAGCAUCAGUUAACUCGCAUAUAUGUGCACACACUGCAUGAGCCAGAAAUAUACUUCUUCCCCUGCACCCACCAGAUAAAUUAGCUAAAAAUUCUAAUCUGAAUUCCGAUAUAAAAAUUCUAAUUCUGAAUUCCGAUAUUCACAACCCUCUCUUGUGUAGAAUUAAUGAAUAACACUUGCCAAUCUGUUUCUUGAACUGGACUGCUCACAUAAGCAUUAAAAACGUUAAGAAGCAUUAGGAAAAAAACACUAUAUAAAUGCUACACUUUAUUAUUAUUAUUAUUAUUAUUAUUAUUAUAGUCACUAAAUCAGAUGUGAUUUAGUUCUAUAUGCUACCAAUAUAUAGAAAGAGUGUUGACAAAGAAUCACCUCCCUGCCUGCCCAAAAUGCGCUGAGCUACUGAAGAGGCAUAAUGAACUGUAGGAAAAGUAAAACACUGAUAAAACUGAACACUUUGGAGAAUGGAAUAUAAACCCUGAUGCAUAGCUGGGUGCAGCUGCAGCUUAAGAAAGAUCAUUUCUAUAUGAGUAAGUGGUCAUUCUCGGCUAGCAGUUAAUACCAUGUAAUAAUACGCUAACUGCAUGAGAACUCCACAUUGUUUCUGGAACAUGUCAAUAUCAGCUUGCACAAUAACUAGCAGCAUUUGGGACUCUGGAUAGUGUCGGCUGUGUCUAAUUGAGUAACACUGUCUAAGGCAUUUGACGUGCACCAGACACCGUCUCUUAAUUAGGGGCCAAUAUUGAAAGACUCCGGGUCAAAUUCUGCUUUUCAAUUACAUGGGUGCUGUUCUCCUUGAUGUCAGCAGGAGCUGCACCUGCAUACCCCUGUUUGGGAUUAAGUAUGCUGCAUUCUAUAUAUAAACUAUGGUAAUUAUUGCAGCAACACAAAACUGAAUUUAUUUGCAGUUUUAAAAUCUCAUUUUAUAUAUAGCUCUAGUCCAACCAACUUUGGUCAAGGCAUUUAUACUAUCUAUACUUCUCCUCUACUAGAACUCAACUGCAAUCAUAAGCAUGAAAAAUUAUUUGCAGUUAACAGGGUUUGAACUACAGCAUUAUAUCAACCUGGGAGUGCCAUUAAAGUUUUGCACUGGUUGAUAAAGUCUGCUCAGCAGAAUAUGUUCUAUUUUGACUUUCAGAAUCCUCUCUGGGUAACGUACAAAGUGGAACAAACGGAAGAUGAAAAACUUCCUAUAUUUAGUAUAGCAUAUAGUAUAUAUAGAAUAGAAUAUACUAUAUAUACUACAGAGUCAACACUGUAAGAAAAUCAAUGGUCCUACACAGAUGAAAUAGGCUGCAGUAGUAAGUAUCUGGUCCACUAAUACUGGUGAUAUUAAAAAUAAUAACCUCUAGGGCAUUAUCAUCUGCUUGGUUAUGACUCAUAACAUAUCAACUAUAUUGGCUGGAUGGGUAAUUACUAUUCUUUUAAAGAGAAAAAGGAAGGAAGGAAGGAAGGAAGGAAGGAAGGAAAGCCAAGGAGAAACACAGAGGGGGGAGAGAGAGAGAGAGAGAGAGAGAGAGAGAGAGAGAGAGAGAUGUUUAAAAAAAUGAAAAGUUGAUCCCAUGUUAGUCCCAAGAGGGAAAAGAUGGAAGAUAAUGGCCUUAGGGCAUAUUCCAAAGUAACACUGUAUUUAAACCUUCACGUAAUAAUUUAGUGUCAUUAACAUAUUAAUAUAGUGUCAUGGGAAAGUUAUCAAAAUUCUAAGAUUCAGCUCAGGUAUGUGUCUAGGAAAAUGAUGCAUUUAUAAAGUUUCCACUUAUCUGAACUCAGUGGUUUAAAAAUUAAGGGCACCCUAGAUUUGCUGAGAUCAGCAAGUUAUGACAUUACCAGCCAGUGUAAGUCCUCAACCCUAGCUCAGCUGGACAUAAACUGGUUUAACAUCCAGGCUCAGCCUGGACUGGCAGCAUUUAAACCAACAUAAGUUCUAAAAAGCAGGCAUUCUAUGGGAGUGAUGGGGGAACGGCUGAGGUGGUGUGGGGACAUACACUGGAUCCUAACUCAGUUCAGCUUGGUUAAGUGACCUGGGAACACGGAAGAGCUUACAACAACAACAAGGAUGGUGUAAGUCAAACUCUAAAUGCUUGUUUCCCCUCUGCCAGGCUUAAACUGGCUCAGUCAGCAGUAGUUCCACUCCUGGAUGCACUUUGGAUCUGGUGUACUUUAGGCUGGCUUAAUUAAAGCCAGCAUAAAUUACGCUGGCUUCCCAUACUUGCUCCCUUAAUUGGAAUGUAAGAACAAUGUAAUGUAAAAUGUUGAUUAAAUAAAUAGUAUAUUGAACUGAACAGUCAUAUCCUGGGCCUGAUGAAUCGCACACUGAAAAACAGAACUUUCUAUUCCACAUUCUAGAAAUGUAUAUGUACUGAGUCCUACAUUAGUACACUUAGCCAUGCACUUCAAUGUGUGUGGCAAUUAUGUGUGUUUUACUCCCACCAAUAAAGCAAACUGAGAUGUCCACUGCAUCUUUUAUUUUCUUAAGCAUUAAUAUAAAGCAUCAACUACAGAUAUUACUAGUAUGAUUGUGAUUGUGCAUACUGUAGUUACCAGUACAUAUGCAGCCUCCAGGUUUUGCCUCUGGGCUUGUCAGCAGACAAAAGCUCAGGUCUAUGUCACAGGUGAGCUCACAAGCUCUUCCGCUUCUGUAUAGACAGGCCUCAGAUUUCAACCACCGCUGCCCCCAAUGAUGUACAGUAAACCCAGACAAUCUUUAGAACUGACAGCCCAAUCCACAAGCCCCUUAAAAACCAAGCAUUCUCACUUGAAACAAAAUGCAGCUGCAUUGAAGUUAUCAGGAUAAAAUCAGCUUAAUUCCUAAUAUUUUGACUUAGCGCAAUUGUAGAACAGUCUAUAAGUGAAUUAAACUUUAUCUCACAAUAUAUAUAUUUUUAAAACAGCCUAGCCUACUUGAAAACAUAAAGUCAUUAGUAGACCUUCAUCUUUUUAAAUUGGGAUGUCACAAAUUAACGCUGGGAAUUACACUUUUUCCUGUUUAAAAGAAAGCUGUAAUCACGGAUGACUAUUCCUCCAAAUUACAAUAAAGAUAGAUAACAGAAUGAAUUAUAAAACAAAGGUUAGAGACAGAAACUGAGCAUUGUGGCGGUAACGACUUUUAAUUGGAUUCAGUUUAUCACAUUUUUCAGAGUACCACAGAAGCAGAAGAAAGGAUUAGAAUUAUUUCCACAUUUCACUGUUUGGCAUAAUGAGAAAACAGAGGGAGGUCCUCAUCCCUGAUGCGUAUGGUGAGCCACAGGAGAUGUUUAACAUGUCAGGAUAUAGUAGCGUAUGGUCCCGAGACACAAAUGCGUAGGCUCCAUUAUAAUGUAGCAAAGUGUAAUCAAUUGGAAAAAAAAUGGCUAGGUCAUGAAAAUUUGUUAGGCAAGAGCAUAAUUUCUAAAAGGAAGUUUAACCCCUUGGUGUCAUCAGUGACUUAUAUAUUUAACCUACAGGAACCUUUUGUUUAAACAACAACAACAGUAGUGGGGAAAGGUUUUGUUUUCCCCCAAAUGAUUUAUGAAUUAAUGAAAAUUAUGGAUAAUUCUAAGUGACUGUUACUAAAAAGAAAGAGAUGUCACCAUUUGCAUUGGUGGGAUGAAAUUCUGUAACACCUCAUACAUAUCAAUUGCAAUUUCUUUCUACACAGCGUUGAGGUUCUAGACAUCCUGAUGUUAAGUAUUUAUGUUUGAACAAUAUGCUCCUAUGCAUGUUUAUUUAGAAGUAAAACUCAGUGAGAUAUGCUGCCUGAUAAGUGUGUUUACGACAGCCACCUAACUACUGCUCCACCAAAAAACCCUUGGGAGGCUUCAUUUUCAAACAAUCUUAAUACCAUGGGUGUAGCCAGGGGGGAAGAUGCCCCCAAAUAAAAAAAUCAAUAAAAAUACAUAGCAAACUGAGGUUCUGCCCCUCCUAACAAAAGGCUUGCCCUUUCCUAAGAAAAAUCCUGGCUACACCCAUGCUUAAUACUAUUACAGAAGACAGAAGGUGUGUGAGAUAAGUUAGAAGGUAAUGUGCCUGGGUAACCUGUGUCUUGGCAUGUAUUUUCAUUUAGUAAGACCCAGAAUUAGCAUUGGUUUCUACAGCUAAAGAAGAAAUACCACCCAUUUCCAGCUGGCUAAAGCUUUUCCAUGCUACAUUACUGCUCCUUUUACAGCUAUAUUUUAAAAUUUGCAUAUAUCAAACUGCCAAGCUCAACAUAGUAAAUGACCCUUUAUUCCAUAUGCAAUUCCAAAUCUAUGGGCCUGGUUGGAAUCUGACUAUGGUCUGGAUCCUAAGAUAACAUAAGGAAAUUCAUGGAAGGAAAUUUUCCCAUCUCUUCCCUGUAGCCACUCGCAUUCUCCAAAAAGCCUCUCUGGAAAACUGCUGCAGCAAUCAAUUGAUAAGCAUUUAUUUAUUCCCUUGAUUUUAUCUUGUAUUUCUUCCAUCAGGGAACCUAAGGGGAAAUGCAUGCAUGUGGUACCCAGGCAAUCACACAUCCAGGCACUGACCAGCAGCAGACCUGCCUUCAUGUAAGAACCAAUCCAGAUUCCAACAUAUCAGCUGAAACUUUUCGUUCUACGUAAGGGAAUUUCCGUUAUUUAAGGAAAGGAAAGAGAUUUCUUACCACAGCCUAACCACAGCCAGCACCCCAUUCACUCAACCCAUUGUGAGUGAAGAAGUGCGCCUUCCAAGUCGAAAGUUGAGUUUCAGCAACUUUCCCAAAUUUCACAAUGAAUUAUGGUUUUUAUUAUUAAAUGAGUUACCCAGCUUCCACCAAUAUCUAUUUAAUAGAAAGAGAACCAAUAUUCUUUCCAGUACCAGGUUAUUCAUGCCAUACAUUUAUUGUCUACAUCAGCGGUUCUCAAAGGGUGUGGCACGCCACACUGGUGUAAUAGGAGAGGAUAGCGAAUGUGGCAGGAUGAUUCAAGGACAAUCAAAGAAAUAUUGCAAGAUUUCAGUAUAGUGUAAUAUAGUGCAGCAUACUAUACUAUACUAUAAUCAAUUUUUAUUUUUUUUAAAAUAUAUAACCAGAAACAGUAUCUACACCUCUCUUCAAGAGCACUGGUUAUUCUUCUACAGUUCUCCAUGACAUAUUGUUAUGAACAGGGAUUUUCAACUCUGACAAAUAUGAAAGAUCAGAAAAGACAAAGGUUUCUUUGUCAGAUGAGAGUUUGUCUCAAAUUAGACGUAAUAUAAAUGAGAUUCAGCAAAAGAAACCUCACAUUUCUCAUUGAGUUUGAAUACAUACUUAAGGUACAUGUAUAAGAGGCUUGUUUAUAAUUAUAUUUUUGGAAUGACUCAUGUUCCUAUGUAGCUACACUGUUUUAUACUUUCUGGAUGUCCCAUGAUCAUAUGAUGUAGUUGUGUUCUAUGUUAUAAACCAAGCACUGCUAAUAGUUGUUUCUUUUUGUUUUCCAAUGUGUUUCUUAAUUUUUUUAAAAUUGUAUGGCAUGAGAAAAAUUUUAUUCUGAAAGUGUGGCCCAGAGAAAGAAGUUUGAGAACCACUGGUCUAUAUGAACAGCCUUGAUUUUCUUCAGAAAACCAUUUUUAAAAUCCUACCUUCGGGAAAAUGACACUUUUGCCUUUGUGAAAUAAAGUUUCAAACACAUGAUGAGAGGCAAAAAUAUCUGGGGAGGUUUUGUGCAUCCCUGGCAUUCAUAAUGUGCAGACUGAGUGAUUAGUGAAGUCAGCAACAAUUCCCAAUUAUGUAGUAUGUAUUUCAUAGCAGGCUGGUGUUCAGAUUUUACAUCUAAAUGGGUACUACUCUCCCUUCGCCCCAUUCUAGUGAUGGUUUAAUCAUUUGUGGGUUUGCUCUGUAUAGCUUUGUUGGAGACAGGGGCUCUUGUAGAACCAUCCAACCAGAAAGUCUUUAAUUAUGUUAUUACACUAAUAGACCCUUAAUUAUAUGUGGAUGCCAGGAUGCAACAUCACAGUAAGCCCUUGAAAUGCUAAUAAAAACAUGAGAAACCAAUCCAGUAAUCAGAAAAAAUAUCAAAUAAUUCACCCUACAAUGCCAUCAACUUGAAAAGAAAAAUCAAACCCUGGCAAGAAUAUUUUCCACCAUUUAUUUUGUGUGGGAAAUUCCAAGUCUUACUUCCCCCACCGGCUACUUGUCAGCCGCCAACCAUCAUCAAAUUUCUCCAAGGUCAUAACAAUAAUAAAUAGAACAUACUUAGCUGAUUGGGAAAGUCAUGAAUCUUAAGAGGCUGUAUAGUAUACAUGGAGAUAUAUGCCAUGACUUACUCUGGUAUCUUAAGUAUCUUUAUCAUAGUUAAAUUUGUUUUAUUUAUUUCUUUUCUUCCCCAUCUUUGUCCAGCUUUUGUCCAAUAAGGUGAUCAUAUGUCUAAAACCAUCUUUGUGAAAAUAAUUUCAAAAUACAAAGUGGGAAAUUCCGUUCUUGUGGAAUUGGUCUUCCACAUGAGCAAAGAGGGAGGAUAGAAUAUACUGGGCUGGUUUUCUUUCUCUUUCAUCCUCCUCACUUCAUACUCUUCCUUGCCACAAGUGACAGCUGUGCCCAUUGAUGAGCAACAGGGGGGAUGUGAAGAGGGAGAAAAAACAAGCCAAACAUAUUUCACCUUCCUCCGUUCAACUAGAGAUGUAAAGGCCCAGAAAAAACAACAACAGAAAAAUACUGUACAUGUGCUUUUUUCCCAAAGACUUGUUUUGUUUUGUUUGUUUUGUUUUCAGAAUAUGAAUAAAAUGUUGAAGACACUGUAUUCACUCCCCGCCAAAGGAUAUCAAAAAAUUGCCUCUCUAACACAAGAGCAAGAUACAUUUCUGCCUCUAGGGGGCACUGCCUUUGUCACAAGAGAAUGAAGAAGGAUUCUGUGUCUUCUUUGGUUAUGGGCUUCUCCUUGUCAUGGUUAGCAAAUCUAUUUCUGUCCUCUUGACUUGACUAGGCCUCAAAGAACUGGUAAUGGCAGAACCUGCAGAGUAACUGAAUUUUGUUGCGAUCCAAUAUAUUCUGCUGCAAAGAAAGAAACUGGGCUAUGUUAGGGAAUACUCCAAAUAAAGAAAUAAACUGACAUGUGAAAAGGUGACCCUGCUGAGCUAGAGCUGGGAAUGUCUUAACUUGGUCAUCCCAGCAAAUCUAGGGUAAGAUUGUGCACUUAAUUAUUAAACCAAUGAGUUCAGCUAAGUGGAAACUUUAGUUAUAAAUGCAGUAUUUUCCUAGACAGAUCUCUGAGCUGGAUUUUAUAUUUUUGAUAUUAAUGGCACUAAAUUAUUACUUAACCUUUGACCCUCCAGAUGCUUGUGAAAUGCAAGUCCCAUCAGCCCUAGCAACCAUGGCUAAGCAGGAUUUUCCAGGCUGCAUGAAGCAUUUGACAGUUCAGAAUCGGGGAGGCUUGCAAGUGAUCCCUGACUGUCAAAUGGGUGGGGAGCUUUGGAUUGGAUUGGAAAUUUGAUGAGCCAUUUUCCUAUUGAACAGUGUUAAGUGUUUCAGGGUAAAAAUGCUCAACUUGUAAUAAAACCAAAUAUUACACAGUAAAAAAUAAGUAUUAAGAGGUCAUUAUCUACAAACUUAAGUGGCAUUGCUACACAGAACCAUCUCUGCAAACUUCCCUUUUUUUGCCAAAUCUUUUUUAUUGAUUUUCAAAUUUUUACAAACUGGUCACUAAUUAAAACGAAGUAAAACAAAUUUAACCUUUUUCCUAAUCUGACUUCCUGCACGCCUUCCUGGAUGUGUUGAUGGUUCUCCUUAGUCAUAUUCCCCAAUUAUUUCUAGUUUAUCUUCAAAUGUUACAGAUACCUUACAUUACAAUAUAUUUGCUUUUAACUUGAUUCCUUUUCAAACAACUAUCCAUCAGCCAAUUCCUGCAUGUAUAUUAAGUUAAAAUGUUCAAUUUCAACAAGUGAGGUUACUUAUCAGACUGUCAGUCCCUGCUAAAUCUUUGAUUAAUAUCAAUUAACAUAAAAAGAAACAUCUUCAUCUGCCAUCUCUGCGUGUAGAGACAUAACAAUCUUCUUGCUGCUCAGCUCCUUUGUCCCGUGUUGCAUGUAAUCUGUAGUCUUUUUUUUUUUUAAGAUAGGAACUCCAUGGUCAACCAUCUCACUCAAUAUAUUUUCCCACCAGCAACAUCAUAGCAACCAGCCUGCAAUGUGUGCGGGGGGGGGGGGGCGCAUUCUCCUAGAUCUUUCACAAUCCUUAUUACAGCCUCUCCCCCUGAUCCGAGCCGCUUGAGCAGAUGUGUCCCACCAAUGGAAUUUCCAGUUUGCCUUUAAGUAGACAAAUCUGCUCCUUUCUGGCUGGUUUGCUUUUAAUUCCUCCAUCAUAUAUUAUCCAAUGAUCCAACAGUCUUGCAAACUUCAAACUUGUACCUACACAUCACGACCUACUAUGCUUUGAUUCAACUCAACUCACUUCUUGAAUAUAUUUCAUGUCAUGUCUGAAGCUCCAUCAGCUGCAUUAAUUCACCAUGCUCAAAUCCUUUGAAGGAAACAACUUGUGUUGAUUUGAGCAACAAUUAAUCAUCACAUAAAUAGAAGGGCUAGUAGUUGCAGUUGAUAGGGAAAGUGAUAGUUGGUUUUGUUGAGAAAUUCUCCCUGCUAGGUUCUAGUAUCUGAAAGCAUACCUUUAAUUUUUGUAUGAACACAAUAUGCCUAAAUUGGUACCUGGCUGCUGUUGAAAUGAAGUCAUAUUUUGAAGAAAGCCCAUCACAUACAUCCAAACACUAACACGGUCAUGGAUGGGGAUACUCAGUUAAAUAGAUGUUUGUCUAGAAGAGUCAUCAUCUGGCUAGCAUCUCUGCUGAAUGUUUCUAAGCAGCUAACUGAUGUAUACUAAACAAAUUUGGUUUGGCUGCAGCUAAAGCUGCCCUGUGGAAAUUCUCAACAUACAUUUGUUUGAUUGAGCUGUCAUUUUCAGUUGAUCUGCUGAUGAUCUGUGUCACUUUGUUUAAAUGUCCUUGCAUUUUUUUUUCUCUAUACAGCAAAAAAGAAGAAGAAGAAAAGAGAAAAGAAAGGCACGCUUUCUGUGAUGGAUUAAAUGAAGGUGAAAUUCGAGAGUUACUCCUGUUUUCGAUUUCUGUGUUCCCAGACAGGUGGGUCUGGAAUGACAAAGAACUUCAUACGCCAACACUUGAAAAAACAGAAUAGAGUAGAUGCCCUUAUGAUUUAAAACAUCCACAGAUGUGUCAGCUUCCAAAUGCUCCUGUUUUAGGAGUCACUGGAAUCAGUAACUGGAACAACAAAUAUUAUUUAUAUAAACUGGGGUAGUAAAAGAUCCUAACCUUGCAACCACACAUCAGAAUCUUUGCACAGGGAAAAGCCAUCAUGCAGACAGCAACUAUUUUGGCUCCACAGAAACCUCUGUGUCUGCAUUUUGUUCUACUCCAGUUCUCUUCUGCCAUUGCUUCAAGCCAUUGCAGUUUCCACACCCUCGAUACUACAUCCUCACUAUACCACUAACUCUGCACCCCUUACUUAUGCCCUCUAUUUUGUCUUAUUUGGCCUUCCCCCAACUACUUAGCCUUCCUGCUACCCCUUCUCUACGCCUCCCGGUAGUAGCUAUGGAGCAGGUAUACUACCGGAAGGAGUGUAUGAGCAACCCACUACUAACUCAUAUGGCACAUCUCACCCAAGCCCACUAUGCAUAAGUUUGAAAAAAAUCAGUCUAAAUAUUGAAUUAUGUACAGUGGUACCUUGGGUUACAUACGCUUCAGGUUACAGAUUCCACUAACCCAGAAAUAGUACCUCAGGUUAAGAACUUUGCUUCAGGAUGAGAACAGAAAUCGUGCGGUGGCAGAAGGCCCCAUUAGCUAAAGUGGUGCUUCAGGUUAAGAACAGUUUCAGCUUAAGAACGGACCUCCUGAACGAAUUAAGUACGUAACCAGAGGUACCACUGUAUAUUUUAAGCAUUUUCCUUGAUUUUAAUUUUUUUUUUGUAGGAUUCCACAAUAAAGCUAGGAAAACUCUAACAAGGCAUUUCCAGAGGUCUUCAGACUUUGACCAUCAUUUGAUUCCUUUAAAAAAAAAUCUGAUAGACAUGUUUACUUUUUAACAUCCAUGGCCGGAGGAUUUCAAUACACAAAUGCAGCAAAUCAGGGAGGUAUGCACUCUUCACUUGUCAGGAGAAAACUGUUUACAUGAAAAUCAUGAUUGUGUAUGAUUAGGCUGAAGCAGAAAUACUGUUUUGUGUGUGUGUGUUAAUAUUUAUUACACCAAUGACAUGCCACGGAAACAUUUAACCCACAGGCAGGUUAGUAGGAGAGCCAACAAGGUCCUGUCCAGAUUUUUCAUUGAACAUUCAGUCUUAUUUAAUGGCAAUUAGAAACUGGGGGAAAGCUGCUGUUUGGGGAAAUAAAAAUACAGUUCUCCAGCAUUCAUCCUAACGGUUGGAUAUGCAAGGAAGGUUUCUAGCUCAUGGCACUAGAGGCCUCAACAAUCUAGGAUUUUCCAUUGUAAAGAAAGGGAAUUGAAGCUGAAAGGCGCAGUAAGGCUUGCUCUGCCUUGCUCUGAUCUUCACAUGUUUUCCAGUCACAUGGGGGUCUUCUUAUUGUCCUUCUACAGUCCUUGGUUCAAAGUGGAAAAAGACGCUUCUCAAGACAUCAAGGUCCUAGCUCACAGAUUCUGUCAGGACAUUUGAACCCAGUUGCUUCAGGAAGGAACCUGAAGGGUCAAAAGACACAUCCUGGAAUAGUUCUCUCUCUCAGUCAGGCCUCUCCAUCCUCCUCAGAACACAGAGGCUGGUCCUUAGAGGUCCCUGAUUGGUUUUCUACGACACAGAGAGUUGGGGUCUGCGGUUAUAACCACAGAAAUGAAGAGAAAGUAGAAUAGACUUUAUUUUUUCAGUAAGUACACAUACACACUCAAACACCCUGCCAGUAGAAACUAGCAGAGCAGGGAAGAGGCUGGGCCAGAGAAGUCUUUUCUCGGAAAUUACAGAUUUUUAUGUGCUGGAGAUAUUUUGUUUUUAAUGUGGGGAAAUAUUGCAAAAUGCAAAGGGGGUGGUGGCUUGCAAUUGGUGCAGUCCACUUUACCGCCUCAUUCUUCUGGAUGUGCAGAGCAGGAGAUCUGGACACAGGCCUUCCCAAUCCAAGUCCAACUCUCUAGUCACAACUAUAGUUACGGUAUCCCAUUGCGCCAAAAGCAGUUUAGACAUGCUGGCCACAUGACCUGGAAAGCUGUCUGUGGACAAACGCCAGCUCCCUCGGCCUGAAAAGCGAGAUGAGGGCCACAUCCCAUAGUCGUCUUUGACUGGACUUAAUCAUCCAGGGGUCCUUUUCCUUUACCUAUAGUACAGGUUACUGCCUUGGUUCCCGAACAAUCAAAACCCAGAAGUGAGUGUUCCGGUUUUUGAAUGAUUUUAGGAAGUCAAACGCCUGGCGCGGCUUCCGACUGGCUGCAGGACGCUCCUGGAGCCAAUAGGAAACCGUGCCUUGGUUUUCAAACAGUUCCGGGAGUUGAACAGACUCCUGGAACACAUUCUGUUUGAGAACCAAGGUACGACUGUACAUGAAUUUUUGUGCAUACUCUCACAGAACUAUAUGUGUCUUAACAACAACCACAUGAAGACCAAUAUCUCCACUGCACAUUUACGGUAUUUCAGUCACUUUCCUGAACAUAUGCUGAACCUCGCCAACGAGGUUAAGCCAAGGCACGAUUAUUGCGAAUUGAAAACUUUCCCUUACUAGCACACACAUUAGUAACCUUAGUGACUUCUUCAAGGCCAAUACACAACUUUAUGGCUGCACAAGCAUUUGAUUUCAAGCUUCCUGAGGUUGUCCUGCCCUUUAAAAGCAUUAUUGUUGGCAGAAAUCUGCUAUUGAAAGUUCACAGUACAUUGAUAACAUUUGUCGCCUACUGUUAAAAGCACAGGAGCAGAACCCAGUUUUUUAAAGUUGGCAGCCCUAUUCCCAAUUCCACAGGCCUGUGCCACCAUUAGGUAAGUGGUAAUCCAGGGUAGCAAAUGGAUGGUGCAAAAACCUAUCUCUGGACACCCAUACAGUUGAGAAUCUAAUCAUUAGACAUUAGCUUCAAAUGACACAACUAAAAGCACAACUUAUGACUAUGACACAUCUACACAAAAAUCAAUCAAAGAGAAAGAUAUUGCUGAUUUUUCUGUUGCUUUGACCUAGCUGAGAAUCUGUCCCUCUACUGAGCUUGUGACUGCUCAGAUGCUUAGUAUUUUGUUCUCUAGACAUACAGAAUCUGAACUGCAAAGCGAAAUCAUGAAAAAUUCUUCUGAAUAAACAUAAUGAAGGGGGCAGAAAGCAAUAAUUAAAAUGAUCCUCAUCCUCAAUUCCUUAAUUGCCUUUCACACAAUUGUCUCGAAACAAUGUACAAUAAAAAGAGCUAAAGCAAGUUAAAAAUACAAAAAAACCACCACUGAUACAUUUAAAACAGAAAUAUCUUCAGAAGUGGAAAAAAGUUCCCAAAUAAUAGGGAAACUGAGAUUUCACUGAUACUUUUUUUUAUAUAAAAAAACCCUACUCUAAAUGCUUUCAGAUUAUCCUCCCUACUCCACUACCACCCAUAGGUCUUGAUCACAAAAGACAACAAACACACUUGAAAUGAUAUCUUCAUUUUUUUUCUUGUUUCCUAAAUCAUUUGAGAUGACUGAGGGAGGUGUGCCACUACUUCAUUUCCCCUCUGAAAUCUUUGCUUAAAAAAUAUUUCAUUUUUACAGUGCUAUUAGCAAAAAUAUAUUUUUAUGUUGGCAAGGGGAUUAUGUUGGAGGGGAAAGAACUUUCAGCUAUUUUCAGGGCUUGUUUUGUGACUGUACCCAUUCUCCUUUUUUUGCUACCUAUGACAGCCAUUGUGUGCUCGCACCCAUGACAUUUUUAUCAAAAUAUGAGUACUGGCACCUAAUUUGUACUUUCAAAACAAAAAAAAACCUCUAGUUAUAUUACUGAAAUACCUAAAUUAGAAAUUCAAUGUACACUUUUCCUUGGAGUAUAAACUCCACUGAACACAGUAAGAUCUCAUUGCAAGUAAACAUGCCCGGGAUUAUACUACCCAACUACUAUCAAAGCUUCCGUCAGGCAGAAAAUAUGUGUUUAUUUUUACUUAAAUGCUGCACUCCGUAUUAUUUCUGCUUCAAACAUAGAAAAGGGAACUUAAUGUGUAGUUGAAUUAAUCUUAGACGGCCAGCUCCCUCUAGUGGGUUCCCUCCUAUGUUGAUGGCCCUGGUGGGAUAACCUAAUGGUCACAGUGCUCUGAUUAGAGGUGGGAGAUGCCACUUUAAGUUAUCACAAUUGCCCAGAUAUAGUAUUUCAUGGUCACUGGGGGUGGGAGGACAGCUUUGGGUUCUACCUGAGGGUGCUCAAGCGUGCCAUAUGGUGACACUGGACUUCCUUCCUCAUUCUUUUAAUUUCAAAUGGGCAAUUUUCAUCAUAUGAAAAUACACAGCAUACAUAAAAUUCUCAGGAGGAACUGCAUCCAGCUUUUGACCAGACCCAGCUUCAGCCAGGUGGUAGCCUCAUGUGCUUCAAGACUAUCUUGUUGGACUUGAAAGUGAGCAUAAAUCAGAAGUUCGUUUGAUAAAAUUUCUGGCAACAAAGGAAUGGGAUAGAGACAGCCAACAGCCUAUUUCAGUCUUGGAGAUUCAGGUGCAGAGUAUUGCUGGAGCACUGGAAAACCAGGGAAGAAACUUACACAUCUCUGUCCUGCCUUAGUAACUACUGUCUAUUGAAUAAUAUUAUUUUAAAUAUAUUAUAAGCCUCAUUCGGAACUUUGGUUAGUAGGAAAAAUAUAAACAUUCUGAUCAAUUAAUUAAUCCCUCCCUCAACUAGCAAAAGCAAAAUAUAUGCAUGUGCCAAAUUUGAAUAAAAUAAGUACAUAUUGAAUCAAGUAGCAAGAAUUAUAGACUCCGCAGCUACUAAGGGAAACUAGCUCAAAUUCCAUGUGUCAGGAGGGAAACUAUAUAUUUUUAAUUAUUAUUAUUAUUUUGGAAGUUUCGUUUUCUCAAUGAAAAUGGAGUCUAUUAUUACUUCUACAUUGGCUACUGCAGCAGAAAUCAUAUCCAGGACAACUUCCUCUUAGGAAGCAAUAGUAGGAACCUGUCAGUGCCGAAGACAGAUCUAUGUCUCUAAUUCUAGCAUAUAACCAUUUUUGAUGAUGUGAUUGAUGGGUUUGAUAAGCCCUUGAACCACAGCUGCAGCUUCCAUUCUGUUAUUUGGGAAACCAUCCUGCAGUAUGGGCAUUGUUUACCACGACAUCCAGAGCACCCCAAACCAUGCUAGCCUUCCUCUUAUUAGAAACAAAUUUUUAAUGCCGAUUAAAAAUAUAAUCAUCUCCUGUCUUUAAGGGGAAUGUGUGUUGUGUCAUUUCCCCUCCUUCUCUUCUCAUACAUAGUUUUCUAAAUAGGCUCAAGGAAAACAAAGUCAAUAAAACUAAUAAAUUUAAUGGACCUAUUUUUCUGUUGUGGUGGGGACAGAGCCCUGGUAACCGGAAAAACUGGGCUAGGAUUUGAACAAGGGACACAGGCACAGGGAAGAGAACCGUCUAUCAGGCCAGAGUCAUACCAGAGUGAAGCUCAGUAUUGUGUACAUAAGUAGAAGAAGCUGCCCAGCGUAUCAGAGGCCACACUAACUCCUUACAUUUAAAACACUACCAUCGGUGCUCUAAAAAAAGUCACAUGCAUCUUCAUUCCCCACUGACAGCCAGUUUAAUCUCUAACCAGAUCUGGCCCAACUGGAUCUGACAGCUGUGGUUCUCAAAGCUGAACUGGUCUGGGCAGCUGAGUGCCAUUUUGGAUCUUAGAUUUUAACAUGAUUUCACUAAAGAGGAAGGGCGUAAAUCAGGAAGAAGCAUGUGGCUCAGACAACUUACAUUUUAAAACCCAAGCUAUAGUCCGGAGGCACGUGAGGCUUCCAUUUUACUGAAGCAAAACUGGCUUGAGUCUGGUUAGGGCCUAGAUGGGUAACUAUGUAGAAAUCAAGCCCAUAUUCUUACCAUGACUGUGAACAGUCAUGGCUGUAAUUUGUUAAGGGUUCUGAGAAGAAGAAGAAGAGUUUGGAUUUGAUAUCCCGCCUUUCACUCCCCUUCAGGAGUCUCAAAGCGGCUAACAAUCUCCUUUCCCUUCCUCCCCCACAACAAACACUCUGUAAGGUGAGUGGGGCUGAGAGACUUCAAAGAAGUGUGACUGGCCCAAGGUCACCCAGCAGCUGCAUGUGGAGGAGCGGAGACACGAACCCAGUUCCCCAGAUUACGAGACUACCGCUCUUAACCACUACACCACACUGGUUAAAACACCCCUAUUCCCCUCCCAGAGCUACAAUUCCCAGAGUUCCUUGGGAAAGGGGAUUUAUUGUUAAACCACUCUUGGAAUCAUUGCUCUGAUUACCUGAACUGGAAAACAUACAUUUCAGGUCUGGACUAAGGCACCACAGCCACAAGUAGCUCCUUUCUGAUCCUAAUAGUACUGACAAUUCAGUCUUGAAAUUGGGCUCUCUCUUUGGCAGUGAUAGCUUCUGCUGCAAAAACAGAAGGAAAAACUACAAGUAUGUGCAUGUCCUUUCUUUGGAUCCUGGCUGUGCUUUCUAAUGGGGUACUUGCCAUGGUUUGCCUGACAGGCCAGUUGCCAGUUAUACUAAAAGCAGCUAUCAUGACCUUUUGGCUUCACGCGUUGCCAAUACCUAUUGUACAGGACUCCAUCUCUGGCACAGUUUGGAAGAAGGAAGUUGUCCUUCAAUAGAGGCACAAUAUGUGAAACAUGGCUGACAACUUUUCUCUUUAAACAGAACAAAUCUUUCACUCACAGUGCUGCCUUUAUUCCAGCUACAAGGUUGGAGUCUCCUUGAAUCUGUUAGAAACCAUUCCCGGAGAGAGGAAACAGACACUGUAAAUGAACCAUGACUCAGUACGUUCCCCUUAUACCUGCAAAUAUCCAGUGGGCUCUAAAGAGGCAUUUUCUGUUGGGCCUCUUUUCCUCAAACACAAGCUGUUACUCUCUGAGUCAUUUGAUUUUUAACUAAUUCCAGCUAUUUUCCAUCCUUCUUUGGGAAAGUUUUAAAUGUGCUUUCUGUUCUUCUUGCCUCCUUGCUAGUCUUUGUUUGAUUGAUCGACGAAUAGAUUACUGUUUUCCUCCAAGCUAAUAAACGAGAAAUUUACAUAUGUUUAAAGGAAUGAAUAUGUGCAAAUGAACAUUUGCCAUUUCUUUUUUAUUUCCAGCACAAAAUGGCAACUCAAUAUAAUAUGGUAAAUGUGGUCUCCUGGGAGUAAAUCAUAAAGAAAACCACCUCACUGCCAUUUUCACAGUCUCCUGCCCUACACAAUCACUCCCUUGUAUAAAGGAGUGGGUUGAAAAAGUACAAGGGACAUGAAAAGUAUAUGGGUUUGGGUUCAGCUAAAUAUAAGGAGAAGCCUUAUGCUAUUCUCUCACAUUCUCUUCAAACUAUAAUAAAUCCCUCUUCUACAACGCUUGGAAAAACAGAUCACUUACAGGUGGUGUAAACCACUAAGAUAUCAUGAUGACACCAACACAUGCUAGGGUCACAAUUUGCCUAGUCCUCACUUUCUUAAGAUGUCAUAAUGUGGUGGGGAGGAAACAAAUAUGGUCAGCAGUGCAGGAGUGUCUAGAACAGAAACCACAUUUGAACCAAGGAAUUGAAGCAUUGAGUAAGUGGAUGACAACAAGAAGCCACUUAACAUUUAUAAGCAUUUUUCAGAUGUUCUAACAGAAAACAAUAGGCUCAUUUCAGACACGGAAAUGAAUGCAUUUAAGAUGGAUGCUGAACCUGUCGCCAUCAUGGCACGCCAUUUACAUGUGAAGGGCUUUAAAAUGUAUGCAAAGGAGUUCAUAAAAUGUAAAUACAUAUGGAUUUACAAUAUCUUAACAUAUUCCAGUGUGUCUAAAGACGAACAGUAUGAACAUAUGCUAAUUGUCAACUGUUUUGCCAACUGUUAACCAAGUGGCUGAUGGUUUCACCUUGUCCAGGUGAUCUUCCCUACAUAUACUAGGCCCUCCCUUUUCCUUAUUUUUUAUUCUUUCCUCGUUUGCCCCAUGUCAUUCCUUAGCUACAAUAGGCAUGAAACACAGCAUGCACUUUCUACGCAGGUGGUAGCUGAUUAUUAUCUCAAGGUAGUUUUCAUCCUAUAACUCCUAUCUACAUAUGUUUUUAAACACCACAGUGUGUUUUCAGCUAAAUCCUCUUGCUAUCUUGAGUCGUUGAAAUGUCUGCAUUUCUCUCUGGAACUAUGAACUGUACCCACCACUGGAGAUAACUGUGCUGUGCAAAAUACCAUAGAAACAACUCCUGAAGCUGUACUCACAAUAAUGAAAAGUGAUUAGAAUCUCCACUUCAUCCAUCAGCAAGUAAAGAGAGGGUGCAAACAAGUCCCAUUAUUUAACCAUUCUUUACUACUCUGAUUGUGUGUAUGAAAGGAUUUUUUAAGGGAUGACAAAUCAAACUAAAUUAUUUGUAAUAUGUUACAGUUAAAGAUGUAUUUGGGUUCUGCAUCCUUCUGGUUUUCUGCAACUUUCUCACAUUUCUCUGAUGUGAGAUAUCAGAUUCUGUGCUGUUAAAUAACCCACUAAUAGCCGCUCCCCGCUGCAUUCAAGUUAUAUAGUUUAAUAAUGGGCAUUAUUAUUAAGCAGGUUCUGUCUGCCUGUCUUCUUGCCUUUCAGUCCCCACCCAAAAUUUGGCACAAUGAGCAGGUCACACCUACACUUGAGCACGUGUGCACACCCACAAACAUGUAAGUGGUUUUGCUGCAUUUAGAAAAGGAAAAAGAGUCAGCAUUGCAUUUGCUAGUAAUGUAUGUCCUCCACGACUCUAUUUCCCCCCAACUUGUAUACUUGCCUAAGACUGGUCAUUUGUUACUUGCUACUUCAAAUUGAUUUCCUUUUGCCUUUGCUUUUUUUCAGCCACAAGUACAGAGAGCGAACAGCACAAUUUAUACCAGCCAUCGAGAACCAAUCGUUAG